CAAGCCCCUCCCUCUAAGAGAAGGCGGGGCCCCCCAACUGAGUUAAGUGCCUGGAGGCUAGGCGCCGGGUACUGCCCACCGGCCAUGGACCGAAACCGAGCUUCCGCGCGCUUGAGUGUCUUGCUGCGACACCUCGGUUGCCGCUCGGCCGGGACCAUUAUAGCUCACCACACUUCGGGGGUUGGUUCUCUUGCCAGUUUCCAUCCUCAACAAUUCCAGUAUACCCGGGAGAAUAAUGUUCUAAGCCUAGAACAGAGAAAAUUUUAUGAAGAAAAUGGAUUUCUUGUCAUUAAAAAUUUGGUGUCUGAGGCUGAUAUUCAACGCUUUAGGAAUGAGUUUGAAAGAAUCUGCAGAAAGGAGGUGAAACCAUUGGGAUUGUUGGUGAUGAGAGAUGUCACCAUUGCAAAAUCAGAAUAUGUGCCAAGUGAGAAAGUGGUUUCCAAGGUCCAGGAUUUCCAAGAAGAUGAGGAACUCUUCAGAUACUGCACCCUCCCUGAGAUUCUGAAAUAUGUGGAGUGCUUCACUGGACCCAAUAUUAUGGCCAUGCAUACAAUGCUGAUAAACAAACCUCCAGAUUCUGGCAAGAAGACAUCCCGUCAUCCCUUGCACCAGGAUCUGCACUAUUUCCCCUUCAGGCCCAGCAAUAGCAUCGUUUGUGCCUGGACAGCCAUGGAGCACAUUGAUCGGAACAAUGGCUGUCUGGUUGUGCUCCCAGGGACACACAAAGGCCCCUUGCAACCCCAUGAUUAUCCCCAGUGGGAGGGAGGAGUCAACAUCAUGUUCCACGGGAUCAAGGACUAUGACAAAAACAACGCCCGGGUGCACUUGGUGAUGGAGAAGGGAGACACCGUCUUCUUUCACCCUUUGCUCAUCCAUGGAUCUGGUCGGAACAAAAGUCAAGGAUUCCGGAAGGCAAUUUCCUGCCAUUUUGCGGAUGCCAACUGUCACUACAUAGAUGUGGAGGGCACCAGUCAAGAAAGCAUUGAAAAGGAAGUUGUCGAUAUGGUCAGGAAAAAGCAUGGAUUUAAAGAUGUCACUCUGAAGGAUGUUUGGACAUUUCGAGGGCGUGUUGUGAAAGGAGAAAGAAUCAACCUUUGAAAUAGCCCUUCGCUCAAACUCUUGUCAAGAAAAUCAAGGUGGAACAAGAUGUCAGAGAAAAAUCUUUUCUCAAUGAGAUGAUGUAAUCGUUUCUAUCCAUGUUAACAAAAUUCAGGUGCAUGGAUGCAGUACUUAAUUGCAUAUGGGUAAUAAUGCAGUGUGGUGGGAUGCCUUUAAUGGAUAUAAAAUAGUAAAAGUGAAAAUUACUGUUUUAAGGAAAACUUGGGGUUGCAACUAACAAGGUGAUGGAUAAAGAAGUGCGUUAGAUCAGUUUCUUUCACUCAGUUAACGCUUUACCCAAGCAAGGUUUAAUGCUCUGAAAUAGAGAACCCACCAUCUCCCAAUUGUGUUGUGUGAGAUCUCUUUGCAAAUCUGGAACAAUGAAUAUUAGAGAUGCAUUUAGUAAAGGGUCUAAGAAGGGCAUCCGGUUGUAAAAUAAGGGUGGAAACUCACAUUCUGACACAGGAUUCCUUCAAUGGCCUCUCUAGGCCACCAUGCUCCUUAAAAAAACUGACUGGAUCUUUCCAAGUCUUUUUCUCUAAAGAAAGAAGACCAGGAUAACUUUCUCUGUCAAUUCAUAUUCAGCAUGGCGGCUGAAAACAUUCAGCAUUUAUGAAUGAAACCUAAUCUCUUUGAAGGUCCAGGAAAGCUUUUAAAAUAGUUCUGGUUUGGAUAUCAAGUGGCAUGUGCUACAGAGAUUUAAUUUAAUAGAGCAUUGUAUUUCUCCACCAGCUGAGGGCAGCAAGGAGUCAUAAUUCUUCUUUUUAUAAAUUCUGGUUGAAUCUUUAGUAAGAAAAACAGAAUAAGGAAAAGGGUCCCUUUCUUUAAGCAAAGCAUGCGUUUUCCUACAUGUUGAUUGCUGAUUCUGUCAGUUUCUCUGUAAGGACACCCAGUUUAAGCUCAGGUCCAGAUGGAAACUGGGGAAGACAUGAGAAUCCCUGACGUGCUCUCAGGACUUUGGAAUAACUGGAAACAAAAUGUAUAUGUGGAAACUCAGCAUAAACAGCAUGUAUGGGACACUGUUCGCAAGAAACUGUUCAAACUAACUUUAAAAUACAUUUGAAAACUUAGACUUCAAGAGGAAAAUCAGACAGCAGAAUGUCAUCUCCCUGGUGCAAUUCUGAGUGAACUGCAGCUAGUCAGUCAGGAAACGUUUCCCCUCCUUUCUGUGUCCCUUGUGUCAACUAGUUCAUCUAACAAAUAUCCAAGCAUCUGUUACUGAACAAGGUUCAUUUUGCACUAGUUUCUAGAAAAGUGUUUCAAGAGGAAAUGCUCUGAACAGAGAUUUACAGCAAAGAGAAAAGACAGAACUGUUUCAGGUCGGCCUCCUCCAAGGAGGAGUGUGGGAGUGCUCCAUGUGGAAGCGAAUGGAAACACAGGGGAAAGGGAACCAGGAGAGUGCAGUCAGGUAUCAUCUUGAUUAUUGUGCACAGGUGUGAGUAAGCCUCAGGCCUCUGAAAGUUCAGAAAUGGAGACGCUUGCCAGAGACUGGGGCUUCCCAACGUCACUCAGCUGGAAAGAAGCCACCUGCAAUGAUGGAGGCCUCAGUUUCUUUCUUGAGUCAGGACGUUCCCCUGGAGAAGGUGAAAAAUUGUUGCUGAACCAAGCAAGACACUGGGAUUCUUGGCCUCCGGAGGAGAAGAAUUCAAUCAGGGGCCAGAAAUGAAGCUUGAUUGCUCAAAGCUUUUUGUGUGCAAUAAAGUUUCAUUAAACUAUACAAGAGAGAAAGCUUCUGACAUAGACAUCAGAAGGGGCAGAAAGAGGACCCCCACCCCUGCUAGUCUUUAGCUGGAUGUUAUACAGGUAUUAGCAGUCGGCUAAUUAAAGAAAGGAAAUGUCUCAAAACUCAGAGAAUGGCACCAGUGAGUCAUUCCGGGCCAUAAAAUGAUUGACAUGAAUCUUGAAGAAAGGCCGAUUUCCAUACAAUAUACAGUUUCAUUAACACAGAUUUGGAGAAAAAUGUAUGAGUAUAACAUACUGGCUGGUCAUAUCAUUUCUGAGCCUUUAGGUGGAACCGACUUGAAGAUAGAGCAUAGGACAUUAAUAUAGCUUAAGACAAACAUUUCCAUAAGAAAAGUGCAUUGGUUAGCUCACAGUUUGAGAAAAGUUAAGUUCAGGUGGAGCUAGGUAUCAUUAUGGCAAUACAGAAUUUCGAAGAGAAACCUCUUUUUAAAUGUGUAUAGAGAAGGGGAAAAAAUAUAACCCUAGUUUGUUUCCUCCUGCCGCUUAAGAGAGAGAGAAAAAAUAAAUGUCGCUACUUGCAGCCUA